AUGGUGGCCAACUAUUAUCUGCUGGCUGUGCGACCGCAAGCUCCUCCGAGAGAAACGCCUGCCUCCUCCCAGGGGUCGGCCCAGAGGGAACCGGAGGAAACCCGAAAAAUCGCCAGAAUCCUAGAGGGGAGGAAGCGCGGAGCGAGAGACGCGCCGGGCGAUGACGCACUUCUGGCGCGCCUCCUGCCCUAUGCCAGCAGUCCGCCGGCAGCCGCCGGCCGCGGGAGCCCCCGCCCUUCAUUGAGAGGGAGCUCAGGUGAUGGCAGCCAUGUGCCUGAAGGCCUGGCACCAGGAUACCCUGUUUGCAGACGUGUCCUGAUGUCACUUCUGGAGGAAGGGGAUUUGUCUUGGGGCCUGGAGACACAGGAUGAUCCACCUGCAGAGAGUACCAAUGAUGUCUGUCAAGAUGCUGAGACCAACACUGACAGUGAGUCCACAUCAACACAGGGAAUUUCUGAAGAAGAUGUGAUGAUAUCACUUGGGCUGCUACAGAGUGUUUCUCGGGAAAGUGAAUUUCCAGGAACAUGUGAACUGGAGAAACACCAGGAAAUCUCCACAGCGAAAAAUAUUAAAAGAAAGGAUGAGAGAAUCUUCUGUGCAAGGAAACCCUUCAGAUGUGAGGAAUGUGGGAGAUGCUUCAGCUUUUUUUCUUACUAUGUUAGACACCAGAGAAUCCACACUAGGGAGAAACCCUACCCAUGUGAGGAGUGUGGGAAAUCCUUUAAUGGCAAUUCUUCAUUAAUUCGGCACCAGAGAAUCCACACUGGAGAGAAACCCUAUCAGUGUGAAGAAUGUGGGCAAGCCUUCAAGAAUAGUGCCAAUCUAAUCAGGCACCAGAGAAUCCACAGUGGGGACAGACCUUAUCUCUGCAAGGAGUGUGGAAAUGGCUUCCCCAGUAGUUCUGAGUUUGUUAUACAUCAGAGAAUCCACACUGGGGAGAAACCUUAUGAGGGUAAGAAGUGUGGAAAAACUUUCACUGUUAAGUCAACACUAAGUCGGCAUCAGAGAAUCUACAGUGGAGAGAAAUCAUACGAGUGUCUCAAGUGUGGGAAAACCUUUAGGACUUCCUCUUCAGCUACAUCAUCCUGAGUAUGCCCACCCUAGGGAGAAGCCUGUCCUGGACCUUGGUUCCUUUGGCCUCCCAGCAUUUUUUACCCCCUUUUCAUGGUAAUUACUGCCUUCCUUUUUUUGGAAAGCUACUCUUCCCUUACUCAACAAUUGAUGUGGUAUAGGUGUGGCUCUGUUCCCCACUGGAAGGGUGGUACUUGUGGUCUAGUCUAGCCCAUCUAUACUCUUCCUUCCCUCUGCCACAAUGAUAGGUUCAAGUGACCAGGUUCAUCCAUUUUUCCAUCUUUCUCCAGAUUUGGGAAUUGACUUAUACAGCAUUGCUAGAAGUAGCUAUGAGGCUGUUCUUUUUCUGUGCUUUGGAACAGUUUCAGAAGCCUAGCAGUUAUCUGUUCCUUGGAAAUCUGGAAAAAAAAAAUCCACCUAAUAAAGCUGGCUGGGCCAGUUGCUUUUGUUGGCGGUAGUAGAGGAGAAGAGAUCUUUACUACUUUAUAAGUUCUUUCUGUGGCAUUGAGCCAGUUACAUUGUCUAUUUUUUCUUGAAUCAGUAUUGGUAAUUUAUAAUUUUUUAAUUUUUUAAAUUUAUUUUGAGAGAGAGAGAGAAAAUGGGGGAGUGGCAGAGAGAGAGGGAGAGAGAGAGAAUCCCAAACAGUUUCCGUGCUGUCAUUGUGGAGCCUGAAGCAGGACUCGAACUUAAAAUGACCUGAGCUGAAACCAAGAGUCAGAUGCUUAACUGACUGAGCCCAGGUGCCCCUGUAAUUUAUAAUUUCUUACUGACACUUACAAAUUAUUAGCCCUGACUUUUACUCAGAUAAUGUAUCCUGUUUAAAAUAUUUUCAAUAUAUGCUCCUUGGCAUUCUUAAAUUUGUUGGUUGACAAAAUCUGUAUGGUUCUAUUACUCAUAUAUUUACAUGCAAAAGCUUGACAUUUGUCCUUAUAAUGCCUAGAAUAGCAUGUCUGCCAUUACCUUAUAACCAAAGAAAUGGCCUGGGUUAUCCAUCUAAAGCAGGGUUUCUCAAACUUGACACUAUCAGCAUUUGGGACCUGACAGUUUUUUGUUGGCGCUAUCCUAUGCACCAUAGGAUAGGAUGUUUAGCUUACUCAAUGACUUCUGCCCACUAGAUACUAUUUGCAACACUCUUGCCUGCCCCCACUCAUGAAAAUCAAAAUGGUCUCCACCCAUCUAGAGAGAUCCUAAGGUAUGUUUUUGUAAAAAUAAGGAGCCAGUCCUCUUCUUUGGAUGCAUGUCAGUCUGUGCCCUGUUCCCUCCCAUGCCACUUUGUACUGUCAACUACUUGUCAUGACAAUUCUCAAUUCUCAAUUCUCAAUUUCACUUCCUAAACAGUUCUGCAGUAGUAUCCCUUCUUCACAGUCCUGGUCUUUCUUAAUGUGACUGGAUCUUCACCCCUAAGGAGGACAGGUGUUUUGUUUUUUUUUUUUAGUUUGGUUGGUUUUUUGGCUUUACUACUUCUUUGGCAGUGAGAUGACAUUUGUGGACCUACUCUGAAACUAGUUAUAUUAAAAUACAGUUAAAUGGCUUAAAAAAUAAACCUGUGAUACAGUAA